AUGCGCCUGAUCAACGUACACACCCUGAAGCUCGAGAGCUUCAUCGACGAAGAAUCUGCGCCGAAGUAUGCGAUCCUCUCGCACACUUGGGGCCAGAAUGAGGUGCAAUAUCUGGAACUGAUCAACUACCGACCAGGAGAGGACGAGGAGCGACUAGACUGGCGAAAGAUCCACCUGACGUGCGACCAGGCUAAGAUAGACGGACUAAAGUAUGCCUGGGUCGACACCUGCUGUAUUGACAAGGCCAGUUCCGCAGAGCUUUCUGAGGCGAUUAACUCCAUGUUCAAGUGGUAUCAGAAGAGCGAUGUUUGUUAUGUGUUCAUGCCGGACGUUCAGCCCGAAGACUUGUCCGCAGAGACCGGGUUCCUAUCGAGCUUUAGAGCAAGCCGGUGGUGGACCCGUGGAUGGACCCUCCAAGAGCUCCUGGCCCCCGAAAGAUUGGUAUUAUACGACGUGCACUGGGACGUGAUCGGCGAGAAACCACCGCUUGUGAAUUCCAGUGGAUCACAUCCCGACUUGAUGGCCGAUAUCACAAGCAUCACAAACAUUUCAAGCAAAGUUCUCACGCAUGAUGUCCCCUUGAGCGACAUCGGCAUCGCUGUCAAAAUGUCAUGGGCAUCGACAAGAACCACGACUCGGAAGGAAGAUAUUGCCUAUUGCUUACUCGGCAUAUUCGACAUCAACAUGCCGUUGCUGUAUGGCGAAGGCGCCAAAGCUUUCAGGCGACUCCAAGAAGAAAUAGUUCGUACCUCGACAGACCAGUCAAUCUUCGCUUGGAACGGCAGAGAGUGUCCUGAUAUACUAGCACCUACUCCCGCAAAUUUCGCGCAGUCGUCCACGGUUGUGCCGAGAAAGCGAACUGGCGUCGAUGUUGAAGCUUAUCAGCUCAACCAUAAAGGACUGAGUAUCACACUGCCCGUG